CACACUCACAUCCACCCUCACCACACUCACAUCCACCCUCACCCACACUCAAACUCACCCUCACCCACAUUCACACCCACCCUCACCCAUAAUCAUACCCAUUACGGUAGUAAAACAUCUUCAAAAGAUUUCUGUUUCCUGCUGAUUCUUCGACCCAUUCCUAGGUAUUUAUUAAAAUCUCACUCAUAGAUAAGUCUAAUGAAUACUCUGAUACUUUAAGUUAAACAAAUGUUUCCUUUUCAACAUAUGAAUGAAUGAUAAUAGAAUCAUUAUUUUAGUGGUAAAAAUCUAUGGACAGAUAUAAAAAAUGGUGAACAAAUUGGUUUAUAUCAAGCAACUGAUACAAGUGAUGAAGCUGAACAUGUUGUAGAAUUAAUUAAAAAUUUUAUUAAACUUCAUCCAAAUAUUCCUUUAUCUCAAAUAGCUAUUCUUUAUCGAACAAAUGCUCAAUCACGUGAGUUUGAACAAGCAUUAAUGAAUAGUGGAAUAAAAUAUCGUAUUUAUGGUGGAAUUAAAUUUUAUCAACGAUCAGAAAUUAAAAGUGCAUUAGCAUAUUUACGUUUAAUUCAAAAUGAGAAUGAUAAUGAUGCAUUUCGUCGUAUUAUUAAUUUUCCUGCACGUGCAAUUGGUAAGGCAACAUUAGAAAAAAUUGAAGCAGGCGCAAAACAAAAUCAAUGUUCAUUAUUUACAUUUAUUCAAACGGAUUCAAAUUUUUCGAAACAAAAAAAAAUUUAUGAUUUUAUUCAAUUAAUAAUUAAUUGUAAAAAAACUAUUGAAGAAACAAAUCCACCUAUGGAAUUGUAUGAACAAGCUUUGUAUAUAUUUGAACAAUCAGGUUUUAUGAAUUCAUAUAAGAAUAAAGAAGAAGUUGAACGUUUACAAAAUAUAAGUGAAUUAUGUAAUGCUAUGAAACAAUUUUCACAUUUAUAUCAUACAAAUGAUUUAACUCAAUAUUUAAGUGUUAUUGCAUUAGAUACAACAAAUACUCAAGAUGGAAAAUUAGAUACAUCUGAUGAAAUAGAAAGAAUUCAAAUGAUGACAGUACAUGGUGCAAAAGGAUUAGAAUUUCAUUAUGUAUUUAUUGCUGGACUUGUUCAAGAUCUUUUUCCAUCAAAUUUUUUUGGAAAUUGUGACAUUGAAGAAGAACGUCGUCUGAUGUAUGUUGCAAUAACUCGAGCAAAACGAUAUUUACAUAUGUCAUACUCAGAAAUACGUUCAAAUUAUGGUCAACAAGAAAGAUGUAAACGAUCACAAUUUAUAGCAGAAAUUCCUCCUAAACUUGUGCAUGUUCAUAAUGAAAAUGAUGAAAUAUAUCAACCACCAAAAAAACGAAUGAAUAUUGUUCAAACAAUCAAAUUACCAAGCCAAACUGGAUUUCUUACUGGAAAAAAUUUAUUAAACGUUGCUCAAUGGAAUAAGAAAAAAUAA